ACAACGCGUUUUCUCAACUGUUGAAUCUCUCUCUCUCCUUUCUUUCUCUUCUCUCUCUCUCUCUCUGUCGCUCUCUCUCCUCUCUCUCUCUCUCUCUCUCUACUCUGUUCACAGAGAGCUCUCCCAACUUAGGGUUAGGGUUAGGGUUUUAACGAGGAAUCACACUCCUUUCUCUGCUACAACAGCUCGACAGGCAGACAGAGAGGGAGGGGGGAGGGGGCUUUUCUGAGGUUUUAUACAUAUUCUUUGAGCCCUUUUAGGGAUUCAGCUAUGGGUUGUGCUUGGGGCAUGAUCAAAUGGUACCAUCUCCGGAAUCCGCUGAAACUGCUUCUUCUCUUUUUUUUAUUGGCUCUAGCUGGCGGCGACGUCGUUUCGGGCCCGGAUUCGGACAAAUCGGCUCUCUUGCAGUUCAAGCGCUCGCUAUCGGACCCUUCCGGAGCGCUUGCGAGCUGGGAUUUGAGUGGUUCUGAUCACUGCUCGUGGUUCGGCGUUGCCUGCGAUUCGGGCUCUCGGGUCGUGGCUCUCAACGUCACGGGCGGAGGUAUUUCUGGUUCUUCUUCCUCUUGUGCUAAAUUAGCUCAAUUUCCUCUUUAUGGGCUUGGUAUUAGGAGGACCUGCUUUGGCAGUAUGGUUAAAUUAGGGGGUCGUCUUUCGCCCGACGUUGCGAAGCUCGCCGAGCUUAAGGUCUUGUCUCUUCCUUUCAAUGAACUGAGCGGUGGAAUUCCUAGUGAGAUUUGGGAAAUGGAAAAGUUGGAAGUUCUUGAUCUUGAAGGGAAUUCGAUAACCGGGUCUUUGCCGGGUCAGUUUGGGGGUUUACAGAGUUUGAGGGUUCUCAAUUUAGGGUUUAAUAAGAUUGUAGGGGAGAUGCCACAUUCGUUGUUUGGUUGUGUGAGUCUACAAGUCUUGAAUUUAGCUGGGAAUCAACUGAACGGCACAAUCCCCGGGUGGGUUGGUGGGUUUAGAGAUUUGAGGGGGCUUUACUUAUCUUUCAAUCAGCUUGAGGGUUCAGUUCCAAAUGAGAUUGGAGAUAGUUGUGAGAAACUUGAGCAUUUGGAGCUUUCUGGCAAUGCUCUUGGCGGUGGGAUCCCGAGGAGUUUGGGGAAUUGUACUGGGUUGCGUUCGCUUAUCUUGUAUUCCAAUUUGCUGCAAGAGGUUAUUCCCGCUGAACUUGGUUUGCUGACUAAACUUGAAGUGUUGGACUUGUCAAGGAAUAGCAUAAGUGGUCCGAUACCUUCCGAGCUUGGAAAUUGUGCCAAAUUAUCAGUUCUUGUGUUGUCCAAUUUGUUUGAUCCUCUUCCAAAAAUCACUUAUCUAGAAGGUGAUUCCUCAUCAGGGCAACCCAGUCCAAUUGAUGAAUUCAAUUUCUUUGAAGGUCUAGUUCCAUCAGCAAUCACAGCACUUCCAAAGCUCAAGAUGAUGUGGGCGCCCAGAGUAUUUUUGCAGGGAACACUUCCCGACAACUGGGGUUCCUGUGAAAACUUAGAGAUGGUGAAUUUUGGCCAGAAUCUUUUCGCUGGGGAUAUCUCCCAAGGGUUUAGUCAGUGCAAGAAACUUCACUUUCUUGAUUUGAGCUCCAAUAGGCUGACAGGGGAGCUUAAUGAGAAACUUCUGGCUCCAUGUUUGACUGUGUUUGAUGUCAGUGAAAAUCUUCUUUCAGGAUCAGUUCCAAGAUUUAAUUACACUGAUUGUUCCCAUGUUCUUCCUUCCUUGGGUGGAUAUACCUUUGAGCAAUAUGGCUUACCAUCUACUUAUUUGUCAUUUUUUGCCAGAAAAGUACAGACCGGAUUCAAUUUGUUGGGCAAUGAAGAUGUUGGUGAUUUUGCAGUUUAUCACAAUUUUGCUGCAAAUAACUUCACUGGUGGUUUGCAUUCAAUGCCAAUUGGACUUGACACUUUUCAAAAGCAGACGGUUUAUGCAUUUCUGGCUGGUGAAAACAAGCUAACUGGGCCAUUUCCUGGAGAUUUAUUUGAAAAGUGCGAUGGAUUGAAAACAAUGAUUGUCAAUAUCAGUGACAAUAGAAUAUCAGGUCAAAUUCCGGAAAACGUUAGUUCAAUUUGCAAAUCGCUUAGAGUUCUGGAUGCCUCUGGGAAUCAAAUUACCAGGUCUAUUCCCCACAAUUUUGGCGAUUUGGUGUCUCUCAUUUCCCUUAAUUUAAGUUGGAACAUGUUGCAAGGUUCAAUCCCAAGCAGUCUAGGACAGAUAAGGGGUCUCAAGUUUCUUGCCUUGGCUGGUAAUAACCUCACAGGAACCAUUCCUACGAGCUUAGGCCAGUUGCAGUCUUUAGAAGUACUGGAGCUUUCCUCAAACGUUCUCUCUGGGGAGAUUCCAAAAGAUCUUGUGAAUUUGAGGAACCUCACUGUUCUUCUACUGAAUAACAAUACACUCUUGGGGCAGAUUCCAUCUGGCUUGGUAAAUGCGACAACACUCUCAACAUUCAAUGUUUCCUUCAAUAACUUGUCUGGGCCGCUGCCAGUGAAUUUGACCAAAUGCAAUAGUUUUCUUGGAAACCCUUUUCUACAAUCUUGCCGAAUGUCAUCCUCGGCACUCCCUUCUUCAGAACAACAGGGUAGGAUUGGGGAUUCACAAAAUUAUGCUGCUGCUCCAACAAGCCCUUCCCCAAGUGGUAAGAGAAGCAGUUUCAACUCGAUUGAGAUUGCAUCCAUAACUUCAGCGUCAGCCAUUGUGUCUGUCCUUCUUGCUCUGAUUGUUCUCUUCUUUUACACGAGAAAGUGGAAUUCACAGUCCAGAAUCGGUGGUUCAACCAGAAAAGAAGUUACAAUCUUCACUGAUAUUGGGGUUCCAUUGACUUUCGAGGAUGUUGUGCGGGCCACUGGGAGUUUCAAUGCGAGCAAUUGCAUUGGUAGUGGAGGUUUUGGGGCAACCUACAAGGCAGAAAUCUCUCCUGGUGUUUUGGUGGCAAUUAAAAGGCUUGCAGUUGGACGAUUCCAAGGGGUUCAACAGUUUGAUGCAGAAAUUAAGACCCUGGGGAGGCUUCGCCAUUCAAAUCUUGUGACUCUAAUAGGUUACCAUGCCAGUGAGACGGAAAUGUUUCUAAUUUACAAUUAUUUGCCAGGUGGUAAUUUGGAGAAGUUCAUCCAAGAAAGGUCUACAAGAGCGGUAGAUUGGAGGAUACUUUACAAGAUAGCUUUGGACAUAGCCCGUGCACUGGCCUACCUGCACGACCAAUGUGUGCCCCGUGUCCUCCAUCGCGAUGUCAAGCCUAGCAACAUCUUGUUGGAUGAGGACUUCAAUGCUUAUUUGUCAGACUUCGGAUUGGCCAGGCUCCUGGGUACCUCAGAAACACACGCAACUACUGGUGUAGCCGGGACUUUUGGUUAUGUUGCUCCAGAAUAUGCAAUGACUUGUCGCGUCUCUGACAAGGCUGAUGUUUACAGUUAUGGGGUGGUGCUGCUCGAGUUACUGUCAGACAAGAAAGCCCUCGACCCGUCAUUUUCCUCCUUUGGCAAUGGUUUCAAUAUCGUUCAAUGGGCAUGCAUGCUCAUGCGACAGGGGCGUUCCAAGGAUUUCUUCACCGCAGGCUUGUGGGAGGCGGGGCCUCACGAUGACUUGGUAGAAGUUCUGCAUUUGGCAAUCGUGUGUACAGUGGAGUCGCUCUCGACCAGGCCUACGAUGAAGCAAGUAGUAAGACGACUGAAGCAACUUCAACCCCCAUCGUGUUAGUAGUUAUCAUCGCUCCCUUUGAGGCAGGCAUUUCAUUUGAUUGACAAAAAUAGUACGUGUAGGCGGGAAAAGGCCCCCCAACUGUAAGUUGCACGCACUUGAUUUUAGAGGAUUAAAAUUGUGAUCUCUCUCUCCCUCCCUCCCUCUCUCUCUCGCAGUUCUAAUCACGGCCUCCCCUCUUUAGUUUUCAGUUAUGGAAUUGUAGGUACUACUACGACUACUUAACUUGUAAAUUGUAUUAUAUAGUUUUGCCCCCCCCCCAUUUUUCAAUGUCAAUGGCCUAAAGGGGCGUACGAGUGAGUCCCUCUGCAGAACAAGGCAGGUAUUUGUCCCCGCCGCACCUGCGUCUCAUUUCUAUUUCUUGUUUUAAUAAAACCGAAAAUAGAAAUGUUUCUGAGGGAUCUUGUUUACGUUGGUUGUAUUUGUCGCACGCUCUGCUCCGCUGACAUGAAAAUAUUCCGAGUACUGAUGGAAGUCGGAUUGAAAGUGGUCUUUCUUGGCUUUCUGUUUCUCAGGUUUUCAAUGGGCUGGCUGUCGUGACUUUCUUUUGUUCGUAUGGUUCCUUGUGAUGUUGGUCCGUAGCCCUCGUACUCAACACUCAUUUAUUUGUUCAUUUUUCAAACUGGAAAGGGAUGGCAAAUUAAAAGAUCACCUAGAUUUUAAGUUGAGUGGGUAGGGAACAAACCGUACGAGACCCAAAUGGAGUUUACAUUUCGACAAUAAGUUUUGCCUUGGCGAACAUCAUCUUACCACAAAACCACUGGGCUUCCCUUUUUCUGCUAAAAGAGUGCAAGGGAAUAGCAAGCAAGCAAAUUGUAAGGCUGGCAGGCGGGUGCAUCAGAUUGAUAAAAUGCCCAGAAUGAUUUGAGACGAGAGUUAAAACUUAUGCUCAAAUAUUUAACUUCCCAAGAUGAGGCCUGAUGCGGCCAGUUCAUUCAAAGAUGCGAAAUUUCUUUCUGAGAUUGGAUUUAAAAAAAAAAAAAACAAAUUACAGCUCUAACUAGAUCUGGCGGCGGUCUCGUUCUCUUGAAAGCAGCAGUAGUGGCGCAUCCG